UUUUCUGGUCUGUGAUACUGGAAUUACCUAUCGGUACUGAAAAAGGAAAUCGAAGAAAUAUUGUUUUUCAAUACAUUAAAAAAAUAGCAAUAUAUUCAUAGCUCAUAUUCAUAAUUCAUAGCUGUAUUGUUAUAAACAUCUAUUGUAUUUCCUAACGGAACAUUGCAGAAAUUGGUUGCGAUGUCCGAAUCAUACGAAUAUUUGUUUAAAUUCUUGGUAAUUGGAAGCGCGGGCACAGGGAAAUCAAGUCUACUAAACAAUUUUAUAGGAAAUAAAUUCAAAGAAGAUAGAUGCCACACUAUUGGAGUUGAAUUUGGUUCAAAAAUAAUAAACAUUGGAGGAAAAUCUACAAAGUUACAAAUAUGGGAUACAGCAGGUCAGGAGCGAUUCAGAUCUGUCACGCGAUCCUAUUACAGAGGUGCUGCAGGAGCCCUUCUUGUGUAUGAUGUUACAUCACGCGACUCUUUUAAUGCACUUGCAAAUUGGCUGAGAGAUGCUCGCACAUUGGCCAGCCCUAAUAUUGUAAUAUUACUUGUGGGCAACAAAAAAGAUUUGGAAGAAUCCAGAGAAGUAACAUUCACAGAAGCUAGUCAAUUUGCCCAAGAUAAUGAAUUAAUGUUCCUUGAAACCAGUGCUAAAACAGGAGAGAAUGUUGAAGAAGCUUUCUUAAAAUGUUCAAAAAUAAUUCUUUCAAAAAUAGAAACUGGAGAAUUGGACCCUGAAAGGAUAGGCUCAGGCAUACAGUAUGGCACAGCAACAUCAAAAAGGCUGAAUGCACCAAAGAAACCACCAAGAACACCAUCUGAUUGUGCUUGCCACGUUUAAAGUUAGUAUAGAAUUUAGAAAUAAGAAAAAAUAAUGAAUAUUUUAUUGGGCCAUUAUUGUUAAUUUGACUAUUUUACAUGACAUUACAAAAAUACAGCCUUACUUAUAAAUGUUGCACAGCAAUUUCUCUCUUUCUGACAUAUGAUUUUUGUCAUUAGAAAGUCAAGCCAUUGGGUUAAGGUGAAUAUACAACAGUUAUGCAACAUUUAUUGGUAACAGGGUUAGUUGAUAAGUUAACAAGAAGAUUUAAGUUAUUGAAUUAAAAAUUCAAUGGAAAAUCUAUUUGAAUUCUGUGAAAACUGAAUCUCAGUUUUUCUAAUUUAAUUAUUACACUAGAUUUUUAAAGGAAUGCAACUCCAGUUUACUUAGAUCUUAAUUUUCAAUUGUAAUUAUUUAUUACAUGAUCUCGAAUAUUAAAUAAGGAGUCUUAUUCCCUUACAAUUGUAUUCACUGAAAAUCUCAUUUAUUUUCUUAAACAUUGGUAUAAUGUGAAAACUUGCAAUUUAUAGCAUUGGUGAAUACAUUGUUCUUAUUAUCACUGAGCUAAACAUGUUUAAGUGUCACCAAAGAUGAAAUUUUAAUUAUAUACUACAUUUUCAUUCACUUGUACAAAACACUUGGUUUCCCUGACUGAUUUUGGGCACUGUAGUCAAUCUCCAAUGAUAUUCUAGUGCACAAGUGCAAACAGACCACUCAAUUCAUUCUCAUAAUCUGAUGGAACAGCAGUACCAACCAGACCACAGAGAGAUAAGGCACAGGACCAACCGCUUACAUGCUUUACUAGCCAUGGCAGUGAAUCACUGCCCAUUUUCAAACUGGGCUGGUACUGAGAAUUUCUUGAUAGUAAAACUUAGCUACUAUUAAUAGACCUGACCUGGGGAUUGCAACCCAGGCGCUUGUGAUCUGUAGUCCAACAUGCAUCACUAUAAUGAAUGAAUGAAUGAAUACACUUUUAUUGUACACCAAAGAAACAAAAAGUAGUUACAAAGAUAUAUAUACACUAUAGUACAUGGAGGCAAUUCUAUUAAUCAAACAUGUAUGCUUUUGGACAUAUUAUCUUUUCUAAAGCUUUUCUUUUCAUUCUUCAUGACCUGUCCACCAUCCAGUGGCUGGAUGCUAAGAUAAUUUGGUUCUAAAGUACACUUUCUGAUGCCGCGUCGCCAUUGCAUAUCUUGGAACUCUGACCCCUACCAUUGUUAUUCCAGAGCUGUGUCUGUGGACCUGGCUCACGAGGGUCAUCCCUCAAAGGCUGGCUGGCUUUCUCUGGUAUUGUAGAUGUUCAUGGAUACUCAAUAAUCCUCAGGUGACCCGCCUGCUUGUUAUAAGUAUAAAAAAAGGGCAGUUGUUAUGAUUAUUUGUUUUAAACGGUUUAGGAUUUGAGCUUAAUGCUAUUGCUUCUUUGUCUAUAUUACCGUAAUCAGCGAAACAUCUUAAUAUGUCUUUUAUGUCUACUAUGGAUUCCAUCUUUACCAAAUGUUGUGAUUUUUUUCUCAAUGAUGUUCGAGUUUCAAUACUCUUUACCAUCAUUCGAGGUAUUAAGUCUGUAUCAAAUGUUGAGGAACUUUUGCUUCUGAGGCUAGCAAUCUUUUUUUUUUACAAGAUCUACAAUGAGAGCAUAGAUUAUAUUUUUUAAAUAGGUAGGUAGACAACCUACAUGUGUAACUAUAUUACUAAUACAAGUUAUGGAUAUUGAACAACUAAUAUUCGUUUUGAUGUAUUGUUUUAAAGAUAGCUUCAAUAGUUUGCUUUUAAUAGUAGAAAUGAAACUAAAUGAUCACUACCGACUUUGGCAGCUAAACACAUAUGUAUAAGUUUUAUACAGAGCUUGCACGUUUGUAGAUGUUUUAAAUAAGUAAUUAAAUUAUAAUCUUCUCAAAGAUUAUUAAUGUAAAAUACUGGCCCAUCAUCAAUGUACCCCAUCCUAAAUAAUUAUUAAUGUGAGUGUACUGUGAACUGUCAAUAUAUUUGUGACAAUAAAUAAUAAAUCAUU